CUGUCCUGUACACCCUUUGAAAUGAAACAAGAAAUGACUCAUCAUCCUGCUUUCCGCUGAGUAGACGUUUUGUGCUUUGACCCAACUGAGCGGACGCUACCUGGUUUUAUUUAGUGAUUUCAGAAAUGAGGAAACGACUUAUCCAAAUAUUUGGCUUCUUGAUUUCAUCACUGGGAUGGCUGUUUGUGCUGUGCACCAUGGCCAUGGACUAUUGGAGGAUCACUCAAUUAGGAGGUCAAGGAGGCUCCUUUAUCAUCAAAGUGUCCUGGUACUGGUCCAACCUGUGGAAGGAUUGUGUCACCGACUCCACAGCUGUCACCAACUGUAGAGAGUUCCCUGUGCUCUGGAGUGUCACCCCUUUUGUCCAGGGAGUACAAGGAUUACUAAUAUGCGGGUUGAUGCUUGGAUUCUUUGGUGUAGUACUCUGCUUUGUUGGGAUGGAGUGCACUUAUAUUGGUGGAGCUGAUAAAACCAAGGACAAACUUCUUCUUGUCGGAGCCGUGUUUCAUUGUGCUGGAGGUGUGUCAGAUAUUUCUGGUUACUGCUUAUACAUCAACAGGAUUGCCAGAACAUCCUUUGCUGAAAGAGCAGGGCCACGAACCUUACGGUAUGACCUAGGACCUCCCAUAUUUCUAGGAAUGGUGGGAUGUUUUUUCAUCCUUUUAGGGGCUGUGCUUUACGCUGUGACAGUCUGCCGAGUAAUCUGCCCUGAAAGUAAAGUGGUAAAUGCCGAUGAAGGAGGCACAUACAUUUCCCCACGCUCCAGCAAAAGAACCCCGUACACCAGAUACUACAGACCCCCCAGGAAGUAUGGAUCUUAUACGGGAUCAGGACGAUCCAGCAGCUCCAAGACCUCAAAGCUCUCUCAGACGACACUGAUGAAAAUCUCUGAAGGAGAUGCAUUUGUGUAGUAGUGCAAAGCUAUAGUUUUAUUUUUACACAAAAAGACAUAAUAGCUCCAAAUCUGAUUAACUAACAAUCAGCAUAUCUCAUAUUGUAAAUAGGAUGAAAAAACCCUCAGCUUUCUCUUCAGUGCAUCAUAUGCACAAUUGUGUUGUUGUUGUUGUUUUCAUGCUCUUGUCAUGUUUUGUUUUGGUAUAAACAGUCAUAUUCUAAGAUACACUGUCUUGUGUUUACUCAUCAUUUGUUAACUUUGUUGUGAUUUAACCAAAGCACCUAUUUAUUAAGAAUAUCACUGGAAUAUCUAUAAUUCAUAUGUAAUAAAAAGAAAACAUUGUUCCUAAUAAUAAU